CCUUAGUUUCGACUUUUGAUUACGGCUAUAAUGUCAAAAAAUGUAAAAUCAUUUGCUCCUAACAUUCAUGUUCCGAGGUAUUUCAAGAAAUCGACUGGAAGUUUGAUGAUAACUUAACUAGCGACAAGUAUUUUUAAUGGUCCAAGGCUCGGAAAAAGAUGGUUUCAACGUCAUUGCCUCCGUAUAAGAGGCUCUUGUUUGAUGCUCAGCAAAUGAGCUAUCAGAACACUGUCGCCGUUCGCAAUGACAACGACGCUUAUUGGCUGGGAAACAUUCAGAAUAUAUCCGGAGACUACGCGUUUAUCCAUUUUGGGUCCACAAAAGUGAAGCCAAGCUGGAUCCACUUGGGCCGCGUUUGGCCUUUGCCAUUCCAUGAGGACGCUAUGCCUCCCCAGUAUGGGUUAAUUUUUUGUAAGCAAAUAUUUGUGGCUGUCCGCGAUGAAGAUGACGGACCGUUUCGCUUUCGGCCUGGAAUUGUGGUCGGUUGCGUUGCUACAUGCCGUUCUUGCCAAGUCCUUUACGUCGAAACGCAGAGUUGCGAAACUGAUGGCGCUUCUGGACCGCGUCGCAUGGAACUGGUAGAUAAACGCCAAAUUGCAGCCCAGCUUCCGGUCACAGAGCCACCGCUAUUAUACCGAGUUGAUGGGCUAAUGUACAGAAAACUCUUCGUUCCGUUUGACAAAGCGCAGUAUGUUUUGAGCGAUGCCUCGGACAGAUCGCGGAUCAUCAAGCAUUUUAGCGAUACGAUGAAGGGUGACGUGCGUUUGGCCACCCUUUGGGAUUGCUGUCGAUUUCACCUUCAAAUCCAACGAGAUGGCUGCAUGUUCGUUGUUAUCAGUCUGGCAGCGGACCCUAAGACGGCGCAGUGGAUGAUCGAAGCCCUAUCGGCAAUGCUGCUGACCCAUGUAGGCAGUCGGGUCGACUUGAAGCCGGUCUUUCACACUGAUCUUAGGAAGCUCCCUUACGAAGCAGAUGUAGGAGUCGAUGAGCCAUUUGAAGAUGUUUUCAUUGGUUAUCUGCCGCCAUUGCUCUUGAGCGAAGUCUUUUUUGGCCUUGAACUGCACUCAUGUGAACGGAUUAAAAGAGUGUGUGUUUUAUGGCUGCAACUUUUGAGCAACCGUGGCGCAUCAGAACACAUCAGAAUCUGCUUGGACACGUGUGCUGAAAAGGCAACAUCAGGCGAAUUAAAUUGCUACAAAACAGCAUCGCUCCUUAGCCGUACCGUCCGCUCCACGACAAAAAGCCUCACGAUAGUGAAGCCGUUUUUCCCCUUUAGCUAUUUAGCAGAUUUAUUGGAAAUCAUGGGGAUCAAGCUGCCGGCAAUAAUUUUCAAAGAUUUCAGUAUUACCGAUUCCUUAAACCUAUACAAUCGCGUUGAUUAUUCUGAAUCUCCUAACAGAAAGCUUUUCGCAUGGCAUGGGGCGACAAUAUGGUUAGACUUCUCCCACAAUAGCUGCCAACGCAUCGUGCUACACAACUGGAACCUAAAGAAAAUUUUUGGCAGAACUGUGCAUGCAGUAUUUCUCAACCCUUUUCCGAUCGGCCGGAAGAUUUUGCCAACCCAUGAGGCUCAGUGGAUCCAGCCUUUCAUGCACGAGUCCUCGAUUUUUUGGGGCGAUGUGCUCGAGAUUGAUAAAAUGCAAAUCACGAUCCCGAAGCUGAUUUUGGAUUGCAGCCAAGAUAUGGAGAGCAUGAUUGGCAAAUUCAUGUGGGCUCUGGACAGUAAUUUCCCACCUAUCGAGGACGAAGUUUAUAUGAAGGUCAAGAAUGUUCAUGUCCGUUGGGUGCAGACACUCGCUUAUCCAGAGGAAUGGGAGACCAUCCGAGCGUAUUUAUCAGUGUUUAGUGGAUUCCACGCAGACGGCACACUGAAAUGCUGGAAUGAAAUCGACCUGAGAUGUAUGGAGGUGUGCACGCUGAGCAGAAUGGCUUUGCUUGGCCUGGCGGAGAUAUUCCGGGUCUGAAAACAAAAGGAUAAAAUUUAGGAAAUUUCGCUCGCUCCCCUUUUAAGUCUGUGCACUUUUACAAUUCUGAGCCAGCUUAUUCAAAAUGUAAAGGUUUUUUGGUUGUUAACUCUCAGCUGCUUAGGAUGGGAGAAAGGAAUGAUCUGAAAAGCAUAUCUGCUGAGUCUGCUUUGCUAUAAUGCAUUAGAAUGCUGUGCCAUAUAUGAUUGAAAU